AUGUUAACUUUGAAACUAUUAGUUACUUUAUUAUUUUGUUGCGGUUUAUUCACACAAAUUGUAGCCAACGAUGUAUCCAAUAAUACCAAUUCCUUGGAUAUAUUUAGUAUCAUAAAUGGUUUAGUGCCACAACUACCCAAAUGGACAGUCAAAAUGGAGCAAUUAUUUCGCUUGCCCAUUCAAGCUUUAUUCGCUUUACCAGAAGUUUCUGUGGCUCAGACGAUCAACCAAUACGAUGCCUUAUUUAUAGGUUCAAUUUAUUUGACUUAUGGAGAUGUCAGACCACGUAUUACUCCAAAUAUUAGUAAAAUGGAAUUUAUAUUGCAAACACCUUGUCUAAAUGAAAGCUUUCCGCUUUUACAAGUUGAUGAAAUUGUGGAGAGCCCAAAUUUUAACGUGUCAAAGAAAUUGAUAUUGUUUGUCAGAGGCUGGUACGGUUACAAGGGUGAAAGUGCUGAAACAUUGGCCAAAGCUUUUCAUUGCAGAGGUGAACAUAAUUUUUUGCUUUUAGACACUGCCAACUUUAUCGAUACACUGUACUCAUGGUCCGCCUUAAACACCGAAGCCAUCGGAGAAUAUAUGGCCUUGGGUCUGACUAAAUUGGUGAAUAAAUAUCCAUUGGAAAAUAUACAUUUAAUUGGCCACAGCUUAGGAGCCCAUAUUGUUGGUUAUGCUGGUCGUUAUUUUACAAAAUUCUCUAAUCAAACAAUACCCCAUAUUACGGGACUAGAUCCAGCCAAUCCAUGCUUCAAUGAGGGUGAAAUUCUUUAUGGAAUACAACGUGGCGAUGCCGGCUUUAUCGAUAUUAUACACUCAAAUCCAGGAGCUCUUGGUAAGAAAGAACCAAUAGGUGAUGCUGAUUUUUAUCCAGAGGGUUUGGCUCCCAUUAAACCGGGAUGUUUCACAUUGGGUUGCUCACAUUCUCGUUCAUGGAAAUAUUAUGCUGAAAGUGUUUAUCCCGGUAAUGAGUACAAUUUCAUGGGAACACGUUGCAAUUCUUUGAAGAAAAAGGAAGAUGGCUUUUGCAAUGGCUAUACAUAUCCAAUGGGGAUUGAGGUGCCAUUGAUGUUAAGGGGAAAUUAUUUUUUUAGUGUCAAUAAAGCUGAACCGUUUGGUAAAAAUGCCACAGAUGAUGCUAAAACGCCAUUGGGUAAUUGCGGUUCUUGUCCUGGCUAUUAA